GUUCCCGUCGAAGGGUGACGUACUGUCGUAAGGAUAGCUCAUGCUACUUAUUCUCUUUGAUAGAGGUCUUUUCAUUUGCGACGAAGACUUCGUGAUUCAGGGAGAGUUGCACCGGUUCUCUCAACUUCGACAACGCGGAGAACGCGUCCUCUUCACCAUCGACCACGACAACGAACAACUGCUUCACCAUGACUUCCGUUGAAAACGACCCAUUCUACCUUCGAUACUAUACAGGACAUUCAGGCAAACACGGCCACGAGUUCCUCGAAUUCGAGUACUCUCAUGGAAGACUACGUUACGCGAACAACUCCAAUUAUCGCAAUGAUAGUUUGAUUCGCAAAGAAAUGUGGGUUGGUCCCUUGGUAGUGAAGGAGCUCAAGCGGAUAGUUGAGUCGAGUGAAAUCACCAAGGAAGACGACACCAACUGGCCCAAGAAGAACAUCGUAGGAAAGCAGGAGUUGGAGAUUAGGGUUGGCAAUGACCACAUCGCUUUUGAGACUGCAAAAAUCGGCUCCCUCGUCGACAUUCAAGAUAGUGAGGACCCCGAAGGCCUACGGGUUUUCUACUACCUUGUGCAGGACCUGAAGUGCCUCAUCUUUUCUUUGAUUUCGCUGCACUUCAAGAUCAAGCCAAUCUAGGCUCGUGCUGCUAGCUUUAGUCAUCAUUUUUCUCCCAGUUUUCUGUGUAUUGCUCAAUGUUAUUUCGUGUAGUUAUCAGCUCUUAUUGACAUUUUUGUAACGUCGUUGAAGUGUAUCCACAUC